AUGAAAGCUAAGAAACGAAAGCUAGAAUUAGAAGAUCCAUGUGAAGAGGAUGCAGUGGAAUUGCAAGCAUCUUCGGUGGAAAGUGAUGAUGCUUUUACAAAACGGUUCUCCUUUCCUUUAAAUGAGGAGACCUGCAAAAAGCUGAGAGGUCCAAAGUCGAAACGAAAACAGAAAAGUUACGAACUUCCCUCUCUGGGUGCUGUGAUAGAAUACACAGGAGCAUUAGAAGAGCCUUUUUUGGACGAAGCUCCCUCAUCAUCCCUGGAAAAGAGGUGGAAUGAAAACCUAAUCCGCAAUUUCGAGAAUGAACCAGGAGAUCAACACAAAACCGACUUCCUCAAUAUAAUAACAAAAUAUAUGGAUCUCUAUGCCCAACCAAUGCCGAGCUGCUAUUCCUACAGAACCGUAUAUUUGGCUCACGCAUUGGACCAUGUUAUACGAACGCGAAAUCUUAUCAUUUCCAACAACAGGAAGUUGGAGGUGGCAGCUUCUAAGGGACAACCUUCAGAUGAUUUGGUAGAAUCAACUCGUGAUCAAGGAUUCGCCAGACCUACAGUACUUAUCCUUUGUCCUUUCAAAAAAGACGCAUUUGAUAUUGUUCAGAGACUAGAACGUUUGGUUUUUGGAGGUGAAGGAAAAGGUUCAAUAUGGAAUAGGGAUCGCUUUAAUACUGAAUUCAAAAGUGAGAGCCCUCCAGAGUUUAAAAAGAGGAUGCCUGAAGAGUUCAAAGAAUUGAUAACUGGGAAUAACGACGACUGCUUUCGUGUUGGCAUAGCAUUGUCUAAAAAAGUAUUGAAGCUUUAUGAAGCUUUUGAUAAGUCUGAUUUUAUUCUUUGCUCACCUCUUGGCCUUCGAAUGAUCUUGGAUGGUGAAGUUGGGAAAGAAAGUCAUCUCAUUUCUAAUAUUCAAAUUGCAGUCAUUGACAAGGCUGAUAUUAUGCUACAGCAGAAUUGGGAACAUCUCACUUUAAUUUUUUCUCACAUUCAUGCGCAGCCAUCAAAAAUUGACACUGACAUUUCACGAGUUCGACAGUGCUAUAUCGAUGGUAUGGCGAAAUUCUACUGUCAGUUGCUGCUCUUCUCCCGAUAUCGACAUGAGCUCUUUUCUGCCUUAAUGUUGGAACAUUCGCUGAAUUAUCGUGGGCUUGUGAUCCAGAACACGGCAUGUGAAGGAACGCUUGAGAAGAUAGAAAUCCCAUUGUGCCAAGAGCUGAGACGGUUUGAAGUCUGUGACCCUUCUGAGCAAGCAACUGCUAGAUUCAGUUGUUUUAAGGAUUAUUGCAAUGCUAGUUUGUUACCUGGAACAUGUGUGGUAAUCCCAUCGUAUUUUGAUUUUGUGCGAGUGAGGAAUCAUUUUAAACGGAUGGAGGAAAGCUUUGUGGCAUGUCAUGAAUAUGCACCAAAGACCAAGAUUACUCGGGCUCGAGAUUUGUUCUUUCAUAAAUCGAAGAAGGUUCUUAUUGUAACUGAACGAUACUAUUAUUUCAAUAGAAGACCUUUACGUGGCAUGGACCGAAUAGUUUUCUAUCAGUUACCUAAUCAUCCAGAUCUGUACAGCGAAUUUAUUAAUAUGGCUUGUUGUAAUGCGGCAACUAGAUUCAGCUCUGUGCUCCUAUACUGCAAAUAUGAUAGAAUUCGUCUACAGAAUACGUUUGGAACUGAUAUGGCAAAUUCGAUUCUAGCAUCCACCAAGAAUGUCCAAGCCAUCGUAUCAGAUUAG